GCGCGGCUCGGGGCGGGGCCUUCCGAGAGCAGGGACGUGGACGGAGCGGCGGUGCGGGAGCUGGCGUGAGGCUGCGCUGCGUUCCGAGUUACUGCUGCCGUCAUGCCCGGGCCCAACCCCAGCGCCACCAGCGUCGGCUCCUCCGGCCGCUCCCCCAGCAAGGCCGUGGCUCCCCGCGCGGCGGGCUCCACCGUCCGACAGCGGAAGAAUGCCAGCUGUGGGACAAGAAGUGCAGGCCGUGCCACUUCCACAGGUACUGGUGGGAUGUGGCGGUUCUACACUGAGGACUCUCCAGGGCUCAAAGUUGGGCCUGUUCCAGUUUUGGUCAUGAGUCUUCUUUUUAUUGCUUCUGUGUUUAUGCUGCACAUCUGGGGUAAAUACACUCGUUCAUAGACUCAUCAGAAAACUUAAAGCAUACAUCUUGGACCAAAUAUAUGGUGGAUCGUGUUUGUACUUGGACAGAGGUUGAGGAAGCUUCUUAUCACCAGUUGAAGUCCUGUCAACUUUGGCUGUAAUAUCGAAUGCACUUCUCAAUUUACUGAGAAAUUUGGACAGGUUUAAAGUCAAUCAUGGGUCAUCUUAUGUUUGUAUCUAUACAAUUAGAACACAGAUAUUGCAAUAAAAAUUGUAUAUGGAAUCAGAAA